GCAUCCCCGUUUCUCUCUCAAGUCCUCAAAUGUGCCACUUCCACCGACGGCACAACCGGGGGCUGUGGAGGCCUGCUUCACGUUAACGGCACACGUUAAUGUAAGGAUGAAGAGAUAGAAAAUAACGAGCCGUUAAAGUUCCAGUUAAGUUUGAUGAUGUUUGCUGUUGACUGAAGUCCACUCCAAGAAACAAAAUGAAGAGGAGGCUGCUUCGUGGUUUCCUGUCGGAGAUUUCCAUCCGGAUAGGGCUGCUGCUUGUGUUCCUUGUGACGGAGCAGCUACCUCCCUUCUACCGUGAGAUCCAGCCAGAAGAGAUGUGGCUGUAUAAAUUCCAUCGUGUGGAGAGAGACCAUGUUCCCACCUCACUUAUGUUUAGUGUGGCGGUUUUCACUCCACUCAUUGUAAUCCUGGUUUUCACCUUCCUGAAGAAGUCGGAGCGAGGAGAUCUGAAGGAGGCCUCGCUGGCUGUGACGUUGACUCUGGUGCUGAACGGGGUUUUCACCAACGUCAUCAAACUUGUAGUUGGCAGGCCGCGGCCAGACUUCUUCUAUCGCUGUUUUCCAGACGGUCAGAUGAACCUGGAGUUGCGCUGCAGCGGUGACCCAGAUGUAGUCAUUGAGGGCAGGAAGAGCUUUCCCAGCGGGCAUUCUUCCUUUGCCUUCGCAGGUUUAGGUUUCACAGCGCUGUACAUCGCUGGAAAACUGCGCUGCUUCAAUGCAGCGGGUCAAGGCAGAGCGUGGCGGCUGUGUGCCUUCCUCACACCUUUACUCAUCGCGACUGUCAUCGCCCUCUCCAGAACCUGCGACUACAAACACCACUGGCAAGAUGUAUUAGUGGGUUCUCUGCUGGGCCUGGCUUUCGCCUGGCUGUGUUACAGACAGCACUACCCUCCUCUUCAGGACGCUGACUGCCACAGACCUCUGCGCCACAGAGAGACUGUUCCCGCCGCACAGGAGCGCAAACUGGCCAACUCCAACUACAUCCUGCCCCUGUAGAACAGCUGUAACUGUUACUGGUGUCAUUCAUACUGGGUUACAUGGUAAUCCUUCUAGUUCUGGUUUUCACACCCUUAGGGCUGGGCAGUUUAUCAAUAUUUAUUGUCAAUCAUUGUAACUGUUUUGUGGGAUUUUUCUUUGUAUGGUAACAUAUGGUUUAUUUUUUAAGUUAAAAUGACUAAUGACACAUUUCUUCUGAAUGGUUUCUGAAGCACUUGAGAGUUGCUGAAAAUAUCAACUCCAGUUUCACAAUGACAAACAACUUUGAGACAACAUAUAAACAUUAUCACCAUUGGGGGACCUGGUAGAUAUUAACAGAUUCAUUAUUUUCUCAGCCCUACACAGCCUGUGUAUUCGUGCCUAUAGAUCACUCAACUUUUCAUCGUAAAUAGUUACAACAGCUGAGCAGGUCGACGACACAAGCACUGAACUAAUAGUCCACUGCCCAUCAACCGCCAGCUCAGCUGCUGGGAGGCAGUUUCUCAUGUAGGGACACUAUUUGGUGAUUGUUUUGUAAACUUUUUCAACAAGCAGGAUUAAGGGAAAAUAUUCAGUAUUGAAGUUUGUGCACAGAUUUUCAUUCCUGACCUUGAGAAACAAUAUAUGGUGACGAGAAUCCGAGCUCAAACAAUUAGGCGAUUAACACUUUUGAUAAUUGAUAAAGCCUUUAUGCCAAACCAAUGCUGCCAAACACUUGGUGGUUGCAGCUUCCCAAAUGGGAAGAUUUUCAGUUUUUUACUGUUGUAAAUUUAAUAUAUAAGUGUGGGAAGGUUGGAAUCACAAAACAAGCAGUUUCCAGCUCUGGAAAAAUAGUGUUUUUUCAUAAUUUUCUGACAUUUGUCAGACUAAAUCAAUCAUGAAUAGAUUCAUGUACAAAAUUAUUAAGAUGUUAUAUAAUAUAAAUAAACAUAAGUUUCAGCCUGAGCUCAUAAAAGGCCCGCUUAUUAAUGAUUGAGAACUGUCAGCUGCAUCUCAGAGUCUUCAUCUGUGGUUGGAGCAGGUUCAGGAGCCUGUUCCAAGAAGUCCCAAAUAAGCCAGGCUUUAUUUGGUUAGUCUGACUUAUUUUCAGUUGAUUUGGUUUUUAUAAUGCAAAUUCAACAUAGACCCCAGCGUAAAUUACAGUAGUAACUGAGCUUGAACUGUGUUGAAUUUUGUUAAUGGAUCCGAAUCAACUAAAUAUGAGUGAAGUCAGGCUAACUGAAAAAAACCUGGCUUAUUUGGUAAACCUGCUUUAUGUAACAGGCCUCUGAUGUGAUCACAAGGAUCUGAAUGUGAAACAACAACAGACUGAAUGACUGAAUGUAAAGGGGUCAAUGUCCCUCAAUUGCACACAACCAUUUGUUAUCAUGUGCCUAAAUAAAUAAUUAAAUUAAGGUAAUGCCACUUAAGUCAGCGCCAUUCACCAAAGAAGACAGAGAUAAGGUUGACAGUUCCAAAUUAUUAGUAAGUGGACCUUUGAGCUCAGAUUUUCUGCACCAUAUAGUAUUUAAUUUGACAGUGACAAACUGGUGAAGUAAGAGGUAUUUAUCUGGCCUGCUUGUAUCUAAAAGUAGGGGUGGGCGAUAUGGAUAAAAUCCUCUUUCAUAGUAUAUGUCAUUUUACAUUAAGACAAUGUAUUUCAUUGAUAUGCAUUGUACUUUAAUAUUUGAAAAAAAGGCUCAGUAAUUUCCUAAACCAGCUGGGCGCUGUAGUUUUUAGUAAACCUUACUAAGCAAUGAGUAAAUGGCGCAUUUUGGGUGGCUAUUUUUAGCUGCGGAUUAAUACACAUUCAGUGCCCAAGUUGCUUUGGGACAGCAAUAGAGGUCUAUCACAGAUGAAUAAGAUAUGUCAGGCUUUGUCUAUACUUGUUAAUUAGUUACUUACUUGUCACUUAGUUGUCACAAGUUACUUAGUUAGUUACUUGUCAAUUCAAUAGCACGGAAUAUCAUUACACAAAAAUGUCAAAAAAUUAAACAAAACUUCCCACAGUACAUACCAACAUAUGGAAAGCAACUUCAUGUGUAAAGCAGGUCAAUCAAAACCACUUAAUCAGCUUUGUGUCUUUUAUCUACACAUUGCUCUACUGUCUGUCUUGAGUGCUUUAGAUCUUUCUGUCUUCCUAUAUUGUAUUUCGAAUGUUUCCAUAUACAGAUUGUUUGAAUAUCUGGAUCGGGCUCAUAUGCCCAGUCCUUAGUACAAUGCACCGAUGUAGCAGCUCCACUCCUUUCUUCUCACAGUUGCUUGCAGUACUUGAUAAACACAUCUUUGCUCCAACUGGACAGCACAUCUGCUAAUAUACAGUCAUGGAAAACAAUAUUAGAUCACCCUUGUUUUCUUCAAUAUCUUGUUCAUUUUAAUGUCUGGUACAACAAAUAUAAUGACAACAACAAAAAUUGCUGAUAAGAGUUUAAUUUAAGAGCUGAUAUCUAGCCAUUUUCCAUGGUUUUCUUGAUAAUAACCUAAAUCAUUAUCAAGAAAACCAUGGAAAAUGUCUAGACAUCAGCUCUUAAAUUAAACUCUUAUGAGCUAUUUUUGUUGGUGUCAUUAUAUUUGUCCAAACAAAUGUACCUUUAGUUGUACCAGGCAUUAAAUGAACAAGAAAUUGAAGAAAAAGGGUGGUCUAAUAUUUUUUUCCAUGACUGCAGUUAAUUAUUCUGACUGUAAAAGAAAGUUUUCCUACAUGAGCGGUCUCAGGCUUACUGUAGGUCUGGUUUUCGUUACUCUUCUUGCUCUUCUGCUGACUACCUGACUUGUCCAGCGGGUGGUUGUUAGAGUGACGGUGAAACCAGAUCUUUAUGUUGAACCUGAAUGGGGUCAGACUGUAACCUCUCCAGGUGAUGGUGCUAGCCUCCCAGUGCUCCUGCUGGUCAGGUUUUCUACCCUGUUUAUAGUUUUAUUGGCACGUAAAGUUUUCUAGUAUUUUUCAUCAACUUUCCUUUGAGAUAGCGAAAGCUAAAGUCUGUGAUUCCGUUUGGGUUUUAAGUUUACUUUUGUGGUCUUUACAACAAUUUUUUUUCUUUCCGUUGUGUUUGUGAGGGGUUUUCAAUUGAAACAAAACAUCAAAUGUUGCAGGUUGAAACAACCAAACCUCUUCAUGUUUCUGUUUGUGUGAAACCAGCCAAAGUUUUGCAGGGUCAAAGCACUUUUGCUUUUCGCUGUGAAGUGGUUUCAGACCAAACUUGGCAGAAAAGAACUGAUGAAUUUGUGCCUUUGUUUACUGCAUUUCUUUGUGAAUGAAGUAUAUACUGCAUGUUACAGUGUAUGCUCUCUGUCACUUUUGUGUUUUUUUAUUGUUUUACAGUCUGUAGAAGUCAGUUGGGAAGUUACUACAUGAUGUUUAAAUAUGGCAUGCUGCCUUUCUUUACCUCAGAAAAAAAAAUCUUUAAAUACUUUCCAUAAAUUUUACUGUAGAUGGAGUCAAAUGUGAAGAUAUUUGGGUGGAAACGUAAAAGUCACAACAGAGAGUAGCCAAGAGGAGGAAAAGCUUCACUUUUUACAAAACUUUGAGACAAACAAUAUCUUAAUUUACUUGGUGAAUCUUACCGAUAUUUAUGAGAUGAUGUACAGGUCUAAGUGUAUUUAAUUUUGGGGCAUGUAGGAGUUUACUUGAAUUUUGAAUAUUUGUUUGUUAACCUUAAAUGUGAUAAUGUUAUUUCAUGGAAAUGGGAAUCAUAUUUGUCGGCACAUGGCUGGGGGAUCUUUGAGACAAAGAAAAUGUUCAUUAGACUUUGCUGCAUUUUGAUAAAAUCCUGCAUGUUUUACAGCUGAAAAGCAACAUAUUUUCUUCAUUACUUCCUGCCAAAUCUCCACAUUUCCUUCUGUUUCAAUUAAUUUAUGUGAUUUUCAGUACAUGAAUACUGUAUCAGGUUGUUGAACAUGUCUGGUCUCCUACCAAUCAAAGGGAUGAUAUUAAAACUAUCUUAUUUGCUUUAUCUAUGGCACGCUCAUCAUAAUUUGCCUUGGCUUAUUCGACCAUAUAGCAUCUGCUUAUGCUGAUACAGUAUCCUGAUUGUACAUGUUGUGAUGCUUUUAAUUACUCUUUUGGUGACUAAAUGAUGUUUCUAAAUAAUCUUGCAAUACACACUGUCCUUUGCUUAUUUUA